UAGGCGCAGCAGCAGAUUCAGUCAGACUUCAUCCGCUCGGCUCAGGAAGAGAAAUCAGCCAUCUCUCAGUCAGAUCCCUGCAAACACCACAGCAUCCAAAUCCAGAAAUCACAUUAAGCUUCGGGGGGAAUCCUGCGAUCUACAGGAAAAGGGGGAUGGUCGGUCUUGCGCUGUAGGAAGAUCGCCGUGUCCACCUGACACAUGAGGACGUCUCGUUGUACAGGGAUCAUGAGGGCUGUGCUUUAGUGAGAUAUCAAAGGGUUCUGGUAAUGUGCCAUGGGGUACGACGUCACCAGGUUCCAAGGAGAGGUGGACGAGGAUCUGUUAUGUCCCAUCUGCAGCGGGGUGCUGGAGGAGCCAGUGCAGGCCCCGCACUGUGAGCAUGCCUUCUGUAACGCCUGCAUCACGCAGUGGUUUGCGCAGCAGCAGAUCUGCCCUGUGGACCGCACCGUGGUGACUCUCGCACACCUUCGCCCCGUCCCCCGCAUCAUGCGCAACAUGCUCUCCAAGCUGCAGAUCUCGUGUGAUAACGCCGGCUUCGGCUGCACGGCCACCCUUCGCCUCGACCAGCUACAGUCGCACCUCAAAGACUGCGAGCACAACCCCAAACGGCCCGUCACGUGUGAGGAAGGCUGCGGGCUAGAAAUGCCCAAAGAUGAGAUGCCCAAUCAUAACUGUAUUAAGCACCUUCGCAGUGUGGUGCAGCAACAGCAGACCAAAAUUGCAGAUCUGGAGAAAACUGCAGCGGAGCACAAGCACCAACUUGCAGAACAGAAACGUGACAUCCAGCUCCUGAAAGCGUACAUGCGAGCAAUACGCAGCGCUAACCCAAAUUUACAGAACCUGGAGGAGAGCAUAGAGUACAAUGAGAUCCUGGAGUGGGUGAAUUCUCUCCAGCCCGCACGCGUGACCCGCUGGGGAGGAAUGAUCUCCACACCUGAUGCCGUCCUGCAGGCAGUCAUCAAGCGCUCGCUAAUCGACAGUGGAUGUCCGCUGUCCAUCGUCAAUGACCUCAUCGAAAAUGCCCACGAGCGGAACUGGCCUCAAGGUUUGGCCACGCUGGAGACGCGGCAGAUGAACCGCCGUUACUAUGAAAACUAUGUAGCCAAACGCAUCCCGGGGAAACAAGCGGUGGUGGUGAUGGCCUGCGAGAACCAGCACAUGGGGGAGGAUAUGAUUCUGGAGCCAGGUUUGGUUAUGAUCUUCGCUCAUGGCGUGGAGGAGAUCUUGUAGUCUGUACAUAGGUGGGUGCCAAUAAUAACAAGGGGUUUACAGAGACUGAACGAUUCCCCCCUUCUAAAAAAAAAGAUCAAUUUAUUCCACUAAAAAUAUCAAGACCUCUUCGACAGUCGUUACCUCAAAUUUUAAGAAAGAAAGACACGCUCUCUGCUUAUUUGAGGACUUCCAGCAUUCCCAUUCUCUUUGCCUUAAAAGGACAUUUUUCAAAAAGUGGACCCUAAAAAAACAACUUGAAGCAUUAUCAGGGACGAUGGUACACGUUUUAACUUUAGCGAUCAGAAGGAUUUGAAGUGAUCUCUAAUUUCCCCUUUAAUGUUUAUUUCCCUCUUGAGAGCAAGUAGACGUUAUUCGCAGCUUUGGACGGCAUAAAAGAGCAGUUAAGAUUCUUGUAAAUACAGAUGAUAAAGAAAUAUAGACAAAUAUACUAUCUGUUCUUGUUCUAAUAGAGUAGUGGACCUUUUUGCUGUCUUCAUCUCGGUUUGCUGUUUAGUGUAGAGUGUUUUAGCUGCCAUGGAUCUCGUUGUUUUUUUCAUUUCAUUUUUAAAGAGAGCUAUAAUUAAAGUAUGCUAGAUGAAACAUCUGCUCGGUGUUUGCACUGUGUGGUGAUUGGAAAAGCAAGAUGAUGUCAUACAUCUCGUUUGGUGAAGAUGUUUGAAAGAAAGAAAUCUCUUUGAUGGAAAUCAGUUAACUAUUGUUUAGUUUGUUUCAAAUCAAGUUUAUUUCUCCAGAAAUGUUUUUAUUUAUUUGUGUUAUUUUAUUGUAGUCUGCUGGGAUCGCUGGCUUUUAUUUUUAUUAUUGGUCAGAACCAUUUAUUCCGUUUUUUUUCUUCCAAAACAUUUUAUUUUUUUAUUCUGGUAUCACUGGCUUUCACACUAAUAUUGAUUAGAAUCUUAAUAUUUUUUAAGAUCCCUUUUAUUCCACUAUGUGCAACUACAAAAUUCAUUUCUUUUGCUUUUUUUCCCUCCAAAAUCAAUUUUUUAUAAAAUAUUUUUUUUACUUUUCUGCUAAAAUUACAAGCUAUCCCACUAUUAUCGAUCAGAAAUAAUAGUGACUUUUUUUAAAUGGUCUGAAAAGUUUCCAAUCGACUAUGUGCAACUAGAAACCCUCUAAUUUCAAUGUAAUAUUUCUCCAGAAAUAAUGUUUUUAUUAUUAUUAUUAUUUUGUAUUAUUUUCUACUGGCUAUCAAUUGAACCAUAAUAUUUAGUUUUAGUGUGAACUCGAAGCUUAUUUUCAAGAUUUAUCAAAACCAUAAAUGAAUCGAAUAUGAAAAAUGUUCGACGUUAAAACACACAAUGUCUCGACCAUAUCUGGACCUGUUUGCUGUGGUUAACAUCCAUCACGUGACACACAUUUUCAAAGUGACUAAAUAAAGAGAGAUGGGACGGUUGUAUGUUUGUGUAUAUUGUGCAAUUGAUUCCUGGAUAAGUGGUUUAAGAGUUUUUAUUUUGCGUAUUUCACAUUCUUUCGUUGUACAUAGUUGAUUUCAGAAUCGGUUUGUUUUGUGUUGUACGACAGUUGUCUCUGCAACCAAAGUGUUUUAUUGUGUUGUAUGCACAUCGUGCUUGCUUUUUCGUUUCGUUGUUGAUGAUGAUGUUCGCGAACACCGAAAAUGUAAGUUCUGCGAUUUUUAAAAUGUAUCUUCAGAGCUUUUGUGCGUGUGUGUGUCUUCUGCUUCAGUGUUACAUAGACCUGAAUGCUAAGUGCGUUGUUUACAGUAGCUUUUUCUGCAAAUGUUGCUUAAUAAGAGCUGAAAAACUUAAGGACCCAGAAUGUUUUACUCUGCAAUAUUCAGCCAGGUCUAUGUGAACUAAGGAGAGAUGUCUGUGAACUUUGCCUUAUCACACUUCAUUCGACACUCGACUGCAUGAUCGCUCUAUAAUGUGUCACACGGCUUCUCCGCACAUCAUCUCACAAAGACGAGGCACAGUGGUUUUUCACUUCUCGGGUGUUGACGGAUGGGAUCACUUUCUGCUAGGAAAUGCCAUUCAUGAAAUAAGGCUUUUGUUUUUUCGUUCAUGCUCGCUGCAUCAUCUCUUAUUGGACACGCAGGACUUUCUUGACUCUCAGGAUUUAUCAUCUGAUGUCAGGGAUGAAAUGUUCAAAGAGCUCAUGUUUCCGCUGCAGCGUUGUCCGUGGAUGUGGCAUUCUUCUAUUUGUUUGUUUGUUUUUGUUGUCUUUUAUUCUUGCUUUUGUGCUGUGGGUUACUGACAGAAUAUGAAUAAAUAUCAUUGAUUUUGCAAUACGA